GGCGCGCCUCACUCUUAGUAAAUGGCGGUCGAGAGCAGGGUGGACUGUAGACGUUCCCACGGUUAUAACUCUAACUGUCUAACUAUCUUCUAAACAUGUGCUGGGGUGUGUCGGAAAAACUGGCUGGUUACAAGAUGUUUAUUUUCAACUUUCAGGUCGGUUCAUGCGCCGCGCGGACAGGAAGCCCACCGACGAAGAGGCGCAAACCACACAGGCGUUUGACUGAUGGAGAACGACGACGGAGCGAAGUGUGAAGUGGCCGAGCUGCUGCUGAAGGUGGACUCGCUGAAGCAGGAGCUCAGGGAGUGCAGGACCGAGCUGGUGAAGCUGCAGAAGCAGCUCAACCAGUCCGAGAGACUCCAGCGGAGCACAGAGAGCUACAACGAAGACCUGAGGAAACAGGUUGAUCAGCUGAGCGCAGAGAUCCACGAACGGAAGAAGAAGGAUAAAGACAGAGUGAACGGGGAAACUCAGACGGAAGAAAACGUGUGGACGGAAACCGAUUAUUACAACUACUACUAUGGAAGCUACUGUCAGAACCCUGAAGCAGCAGAUACUCAGGAAGGCCUGGACACAGCAGCAGCGGACGGAGCAGCAGUGGACGGAGCAGCAGUGGACGGAGCAGCAGUGGACGAAGCUGAUGACAGCAAAGCGGCAGAGGUUUCAGCACCAGACGAAGCAGCAGCUGCAAAUGAGUCAACUCGACCUGACAGCAGUGUUGCAGUCACAACAGAGGAGGGUGAUGCAGGAUCCAUAGCUGACAUGUUGAGGGCCACUGCUGAAGAGGCAAUGACACAGACUGGGUUUGUCUUUGACGAGACUACAGGGAUGUACUACGAUCACAGCACAGGCUUCUACUACGACUCGGCCAGUCAGUUGUACUACGAUGCAAACACAGGUAUUUACUACUACUAUGACGCAGAGAGCGGCCGAUACCAGUUUCAUUCCAGGAUUGAGGUGCCUGCUGCGCAGACUGCGACAGAGCUUUGUCCAGACAAACACACUGCGGAAAAGAAAGGCAGGAAGUUCAAGAAAGGGGCCAAGAAAACGGAUGAUAAGGAACAACUAACAUCUGAUGAUAUUAAGUUGGAACAAGAAGAGAAUGACUGGGUGGAACUGCGGACAACUAAGAAGACCACGGAAUCACGGAAACUGAAGCGAAGGUCUCGCAGUGCAGACUUGGCUCCACGUCAGGAGGAGAGCGACAAAUCUUCGUCAAAGAGGAAGAAGCAGAAAAACGGUUCACGCCACGACGAGAAGGAAAGAUCAAAGAAGAAAAAGAAGAAAUCUAAAUCAUCAAAAGUUAAGCGGAAGAAGAAGAAAAGCCCCGUUCAGAGUGAUGACUCGGAGGGGAACAGCGAACCGGAGGAGGGUGAGAUAACGGAGUCUGAGAAAGACGAGUGGGAGUCCACUCCUUCGUCGUCCACGGCCUCUCCCUACAUGGAAAGCCCAGAAUCUGAGAUGGAGACUCGGAGUCAGGAAGUCAAAGACAUUUGGCCUCCCUGUGUACGAGUGACAGUGGUCAGGUCUCCAGUGCUGCAGGUGGGCUGUCUGUUCAUCAUCACAGCCGACUCUCCAGCCACCAUUGGCAGAGAAAAAGAUAUGGAUCAUGCAAUUCGAAUACCAGAGAUGGGAGUCAGCAAGCUCCAUGCAGAGGUGCACUUUGACCAGGGGCAGCAGAGCUACAUGCUGGUGGACCAGGGAAGCCAGAACGGAACAGUCAUCAAUGGCAACCGAAUCUUACAGCCCAAAGCCAAGUGUGAGCCGCAUGCGCUGAUGCACGGUGAUGAGGUGAAGAUGGGAGAGACUGUGCUCUCCUUCCAUAUCCACUCAGGCACUGACACCUGUGACGGAUGUGAGCCUGGUCAGGUGAUGGCUCACCUCAGCAAGCACAGGAGAGCGGAGACUACAGGUCCUACUCUCACCAAAGAGGAUAAAGAAGCUCUGAGGCAGAAGGAGCUGAAGCAGAUGAAGGCCAAAUAUGGCCUGCAGAGCAGUGAGUAUGAGGAGGUCAAAGCCGUGAGGAACCCCAAAUACCAAGACCGAGCAGAGUCUCGUCGACAGACAGUGGGCAGCGAGGGCGCUUUCCAACGAGACGACGCACCUGCUUCUGUUCACGAGGAGAUCAGCGAAGUCAAUAAAGGAAGGAAGAUGUUGGAGAAAAUGGGCUGGAAGAAAGGAGAGGGACUGGGCAAAGAGGGAACUGGAAUGAAAGCCCCUAUUCAACUGAAAAUCAGAAAGUCUCAGUCGGGUUUGGGAGCCAGUGCUACCAUGUCCCUCGACAGCGUCUCUCUGACCAGAUCAAAGUCCCAGAAGAACUGGGAGAAAGCCAGAGAGAGAUUUGCUGAUUCAUGCCAGCCUGACGCUGUGGCCUGCAAAACACUGAGCAAGGCACCCAACCCCUGGGUGAGAGGAGAAGAGGCGGAGACCACAAACACUACGACAGACAGCCAAAGUUAGGAGGAAGUGAGGAUGCAUAUAUUAAUUGUGAAAAUUGAGGACGGAAUGCUAUUUUUUUAAUCAGUUGGUUCAUUUGUGUGUUGGAUAAAGAGCCCAGCAACAAAUAACACCAACUAACUUUGUUCUGAAGAGAACAGAACGUGGCCAUCGGUGUUGAUUUUGGAACCGAAUUCAGAUCUAGUUUGGUUUCAGUCAACAUAAAUUAAAGGCAUUUUACAGUUUUUGUGAGUAAAGUUUACAUUUUUGUCAUGCAUUUUUUAUUUUCAUGACAUUUGAGCAUUUUGCAGCCUAGGCUGUCAUCAUCUUUGUGUACAGUGACCAUGGUAACAGGUGGAAGCCGUUUCUGCUGAUCAUGAAGGAAACAGUUCUGCUAAUCAGGAGCGAAAGUGUGAUUUCACAAAUGCCGGAAUAAACGGAAUAAGACUUUGGAGUAAA